UCCUCUCCCCCACCACCAUUCUCUUCCAAGAGGUUUCCGCGACACUGUAGUGCUUAAACCAUCACUUGUAUGUUAUCUAGCACGAUGCGUUCCCCAAUGCUUCAUUCAAGCUCUUAACAGCCAAGAGAUUUGCACCAUAGUUAGAACCCUGGUCUCACCUACAGAUUAAUUGUUUGUUCUCCCUAUUUUCGUCUGUAAUAGAAUUCAGGAGAUAGUCAUCUAGUUCAUUAAAUCCCAGUUGUUAAUUAUGAAAUGCUUAAAACUCGCACAUUUGGGUAUGGGUUUCAAAGCUUUUCUCAGCUACACCUAUUUGUUCCGUGUCGUAGAUGUUCUCGUUUCGGUGCUGCUACUCUGGCCUAUGCACUUACAGAGCACUCACCAGAUAAUAACUUGAUUGUGAAAAAUGAAAAUGCUAAAUCUAGACCAAGUACCUCAUUAGCAGACGAAGGAAUGUUCAAGGAUGGAUUUGGCAUAUUGUAUAUCAUGACCAAACGGGGAACCCCUGCAGAUUUUAAUACUAACGCAGGCCUUUUGGGGGGAUGCAUCCGCGUUAAGUCCUUGAAAUAUGGUAGACAGGUACAUGCUCACAUGGUUCAAUCUGGGUUCGAAACAAAUGUUUUCCUGGAACAGCAUCUUUUGAACAUGUAUGCAAAAUGUGGGAAAAUUAAGGAUGCGUGCCAACUGUUUGAAAGAAUGUAUGAACGGAAUUUAGCUUCAUGGCAUUCAAUUAUUGUUACAUACGUUCACAACGGGCGCAAUGAAGAAGUCUGGACUCUAUUUUGCCAGAUGCUUCGUGAUGGGUUCGUACCUAAUCAGGUUAUUUUGAUCAAUGUUAUCAAGGCGGGUGCAGGAUCGGUAUCGCUGGAACGGUGCAGACAAAUCCAUACCCAUGUUUUUCUUGCCGGUUACCAUUCCGAUCUAUAUUUGGCGAGUGCCCUUGUUAACAUGUAUGCAAAAUGCGGCAGCAUUGUCGAUGCGCGCCAAGUGUUCGACAAAAUGUCUCAACGAGAUGUAGUUUCAUGGAUCGCUAUAAUAGCAGGAUGUGCCCAGAAUGGAUGUGGAGAAGAAGCUCUGAAACUUUUUCAUGAAAUGCAUUGCCAAGCUACCAAAAUGAACCAUUUUAUUGUAUCCAGUGUUCUGAGUGCAUGUGCAAACCUAUUAGCUAUGGAACAAGGGGAGCAGGUCUAUGCUUAUGCUAUAAAAGCUGGAUUUGAUUCAGAAACUUCUGUGGGAAAUGCACUUGUUACAAUGUUUGCAAAAUGUGGAAUCUUGGACAAGGCACAAAGAUUGUUUAAUAGAAUGCAUAAACGAGAUGCCAUCUCAUGGAAUGCAGUUAUUUCGGGAUAUGCCCGGUAUGGGAAUGGCAGUGCAGCCCUCCAACAUUUUGCUCAAAUGCACACGUUGGGCAUUAAAGCUACCUAUGCUACGUUUGGCAGUGUUUUAAGUGCUGCUGGUGAUGUAAAUGCCCCGGAGGAAGGUAAACAGGUUCACGCAGAUGCCAUUAAAACUGGGCAUUUUAAUGAUGUACUUGUUGCAGGUGCUAUUGUUGACAUGUAUGGUAAAUGUGGAAAUAUAAAAGAUGCUCAUCUGGCUUUUAAGAAAACAUCUAAAAACAAUGAUGUCUUAUGGAAUAUAAUGCUUGUAGGAUACACACGAUGUGGAAAUUGGGAGGAAUGCUUUAGAUUCUUUCGCCAAAUGCAGUGGGCAGGGAUGAAGCUAAAUCAAUUCUCCUUAUCCAGUUUCUUAAGUAUAUGUGCUAGCUUAGAAGCUCUUGAACAGGGUGAGCAGAUCCAUACGCACGUCAUUAAGUGCGGUUUUGACUCUAGUAUAUUUGUAGGUAGUGUCCUUGUUGACAUGUAUGGAAAAUGUGGCAGUGUUGAAAAUGCACGCUUAAUUCUUGAUACAAUGCCCGAAAGAAACACGAUAUCAUGGACUGCAAUGAUUGCAGGCUAUGCUCAGCAUGAGCAUGGCCAAGAAGCCCUUGAACUUUUUCAGUAUAUGCAAUCGACAGGCAUGAAGCAGGACCAUUUAACUUUUGCUAGUGUCCUCAGUGCUUGUGCCAGUCUAGUAGCAUUGGAAAAUGGUAGGCAGAUCCAUGCACACAUGGUUAAAACUGGAUUUGAUUCUAAUGUCUCUGUAGGGAACUCACUGGUGACCAUGUACGCCAAAUGUGCCAGUAUAGGAGAUGCAUCCAGAAUAUUUAACAAAAUGUCGGAACGCAAUUUGAUCUCAUGGAAUGCAAUGAUUGCAGGAUAUGCCCGGGGUGGGCUUGGCGAGGAGACAUUGCAACUCUUUAAUCAAAUACAACGGUCUGGGUUGAAGGCUGACCUAUUUACAUUUCCUUCUACAGUAAGUGCAUGUGCUGGUCUUGCAAAUUUAGAAGAGGGAAAACAGGUACACGCCCAGAUAAUAAAAACUGGUUUUGAUGCAGAUGUCUCCAUGCAAAAUGCCAUUGUUACCCUGUAUGCUAAAUGUGGGAGCAUAGUAGAUGCACUCAAAGAGUUCAACAACAUAUCAGAGAGGAAUGUGAUUUCAUGGAAUGCAAUGAUAGCAGGAUAUGCUCAGCAUGGGUAUGGGAAGGAAGCCCUCCAACUUUUUGAUCAAAUGCACCAGGAAGAUAUAAUAGCAAACCACAUCACCUUUGUCGGUGUUCUUUCUGCUUGUAGCCAUGUAGGCCUAGUGGAUGAAGGUCGUAAUUACUUUUACUCAAUGGAAUGUGAAUACAACAUGUUGCCAAGAUUUGAGCAUUAUGCAUGUAUGGUUGAUCUUCUUGGUCGGGCUGGACAGUUGAAUGAGGCAGAAGAAUUUAUCAAUCAAAUGCCAUUUGAACCUGAUGCUCUGGUGUGGAGGACAUUGCUUGGUGCCUGUAAGGUACAUGGCAAUUUGUUAUUAGGAGAACGUGCAGCUCAAGCUCUUAUUGAGAUAGAGCCACAAGACUCUGCAACUUACGUGCUUUUAUCAAAUAUAUACGCCAAAGCAGGACGAACAAAUGAUGCAGAAAAGGUACGCAAAGUUAUGAAAGACAGGGGGGUUAAGAAGGAACCUGGUCGUAGCUGGAUUCAGAUCAAGAGCAAGGUCCAUGCAUUUUUCGCAGGAGACAGAUCACAUCUGCAGUCAGAAGAGAUUUAUGCUCUGUUGGAGAGAUUAACCCAAGAAAUGCAGGCUGCAGGGCAUAUACCUGAGAACAUUUUUUUUUUAUACGACACAGAUAAAGAAGAAAAGGAUCCUGCUAUCAAUUAUCAUAGUGAAAAGCUAGCUAUUGCAUUUGGCCUUAUUAGCACAACCCCAGGGACAACAAUUCGGGUGAUGAAAAAUCUGCGUAUGUGUGGUGACUGCCACGUUGCCACUAAAUUCAUUUCUAAAUUCGUGAGCCGUGAAAUUGUUGUAAGGGAUGCCAACCGUUUCCAUCAUUUUAGGGAUGGCAUGUGUUCUUGUGGAGAUUAUUGGUGAUUGUGAAACAGAAGUAUGAACCUUGGAUUGUAUGACUCUGCUAGCCCUUCCAUUCAAGUUUGUUCAUUUGGCUUCAAUCGUUUAGUAUAUUGAUUUUAUGGUAAAGAGGUUAAGCUGAAACUUUAUGGAAGAUGACCAAGUCUAUGGGUUAAGGCAGUACCAAGAAUAUUACUUUCCUGACUCUUUUUAUUUGGUCAAUUGACUCUCUCAGUGUGAUAUCUUAGUGAGGGUCGAGCAUUUAUCCGUGCAAUCCCUGUGAAUCUCAGAUUGGAUCCUUACGAAUUUCCAGCUUCUUGGGUUGUUAAACCUUCCAGGUCCGUUAAUUUAUUUCAGUGGUCAAACUACAGAGCAGAUGGUAAGAUUUGGUGAGGAAGGAAGAUAAGCAUUUUCUUGUAACUAUCCUCCAUCAAAAGUAAUUGUGAAUUGAGACGAUUGUACUUAUGGAUUAUCUCUUGUUCAAUCAGCAAAAGGAUCAUAAAACUGCAAAAUUAAUCCAGCGAGUUACUCAAAGGAUUCAACUCUAUCGUAGUUCAUGUAGCAGUUGGUACAAAACCAAAUUGUACUGUAGAGGUCACAUUGCUUUAGCAGCACAGUCCGUUUCUUUGCAAUACUAUAUUUGUUAAAUAUUGAAUCAAAUAAACAGACUGAUCAUUUACGACACCAAAUGAGGAGCAUAUAGUCGGGUGAUAAUCCAGAUACCCCACCCCCAACAAGUUUAAAAUCAUAGCACAAUUACUGUAAAAGAAACUACAAGGAAUAUGUGGCCUCCUGAUUUCAGAUGGAAACAAGGGUUGCAAAAGAAUUUAGACGUGUCACCCUGCUAGAGCAAACUGGAUAAGCGUUGAAGAUAAAAGUCCAAUUUAAAAAUCUGGAUUGCCUAUCUAUCUUGAAAUUUUUUCGAGUGGAAACAUUGUUAAACCAAAAAUGCAGCGGAUUACAACCGCAACUUGGAAUAUGGAUUGUUACCGUUUGUGUCAAUAUUUU